AUGUCGCUGUAUACUAAGCUUUCGGUACACAAUGAGGCACUGGGGUUGGCACAAGGAGGCACUGGGGUUGGCACAAGGAGGCACUGGGGUUGGCACAAGGAGGCACUGGGGUUGGCACAAGGCGCACUGAGGUUGGCACAAGGAGGCACUGGGGUUGGCACAAGGAGGCACUGGGGUUGGUACAAGGAGGCACUGGGGUUGGAACAAGGAGGCACUGGGGUUGGAACAAGGAGGCACUGGGGUUGGAACAAGGAGGCACUGGGGUUGGAACAAGGAGGCACUGGGGUUGGCACAAGGAGGUACUGGGGUUGGCACAAGGAGGCACUGGGGUUGGCACAAGGCGGCACUGAGGUUGGCACGGAGGCACUGGGGUUGGCACAAGGGGCACUGGGGUUGGCACAAGGAGGCACUGGGGUUGGCACAAGGCGGCACUGGGGUUGGCACAAGGAGGCACUAGGGUUGGCACAAGGUGGAACUGGGGUUGGCACAAGGUGGAACUGGGUUGGCACAAGAAGGCACUGGGGUUGGCACAAGGAGGCACUGGGUUGGCACAAGGCGGCACUGGGGUUGGCACAAGGGGCGGGUUGGCACAAGGCGGCACUGAGGUUGGCACAAGGAGGCACUGGGGUUGGCACAAGGAGGCACUGGGGUUGGUAUAAGGAGGCACUGGGGUUGGGAGGCACUGGGGUUGGCACAAGGGUGCACUGGGUGGCACAAGGAGGCACUGGGGUGGCACAGGAGGCACUGGGGUUGGCACAAGGAGGCACUGGGGUUGGUAUAAGGAGGCACUGGGGUUGGCACAAGGCGGCACUGGGGUUCUGGGGAGGCACUGGGGUUGGCACAAGGCGGCACUGA